GACAGACACGUUUCCACAAUAUUGAAUGCGAAGUUGUAGAAAAGGAGAAAACAUUUUUCCCCAUUGAGAAUGGCAUCCAGUUAUACAGCCAUGUAUCUGCAAAUGAAACUGAAAGAUCCCAGGAGAAAUCUACGCCAAUCUGCUAGAGGCAUGAGCCAUGAGCCAAAGUCAUCUUCUGUUGGGAUGGUUUCAGCAGCACAAAGGACCACAGCGACUGUGAACCCCUUAACUCCUUCCUCACUGAAUGGACCUAUUGUUACAAAUGGGAGCCAGUCUGCUCAUGGGACACCAAACAGCAGGGGAAGCCAUACAGCCAGUUUUGCUGCAGCACUUAGAAAACUUGCCAAGCAAGCAGAAGAGCCAAAAGGAUGUUCCCGCGGCAAUGAACAUUCCCCUGUUUCAUCGCCAGUAACUAACCACGGUUCUCCCACGGGCACACCCAAGAGGGCUCCAGGAACAAUAAUAGUUCCCUCCGGAAAUCAGAGAGUGGCAAAUACUCCACCUGUGGUUACUAUUGCUCCAACACAAACAGUCAAUGGACUUUGGAGAGGUGAUGGCAGACAGCUCUCAGACAGUGCCCUGAGAUCCAGCAGUCGUGAACACCCACUGUCCACAGAGUCUUUGUUAAAAAAGGACAAACUUGCAGUACCCACCCACCCUGCACCCUCACAUCCUGCUUUUUAUCUCUCCAGUAAUUCUGCCCAAGAUUUACCAUAUUCAGCCAUCAAUUUGCAGCGACCAGUCCCACACUUGGUAUCUUCCAACAGCAGGGCAGAAGACUUCCUCUCAAGUUUCCGUCCAUAUCAUAGUCGCAAUGAAAUCCAAGCUUUGUCCUCGCUGGCUUCCCUUGGGUUGGACUCAUCAGCAGCCGCUGCAUCUGCAGCUUACUAUCAUCCUGCCUUCUUAUCCCAUCUUCCUUUUCAUCAUCCAACAUAUAGAAUCGAUGACCCCUGUGUUCUAUCAUUCCGACCUCCGUUCUUUCAUAUUCCACAACCUGGCGCCUUGCCACAUCUGCAGCCUCCCAAUAUGCACUUGUCCCGUAGUGGAAUGAGGCAGCACCUAGAUGCAGCUCACCCUUCACUCCCAGCCUUGCACUCGGACCAUCUAUCAAUCCUGACAGGCGGAAGGUUGCCAAUAGAGGAGGAAAAGCAGCGUGAAAAAGAGCGUGAGCACGAGAAAGAAAAGGACUGGGAAUGUGAGACUUUGCGAGAAAGGAAGAGAGAAGCGAUCACAGAACAGGAAAGGAAAAGAGAGAAACAGAGUGAAACGGAAUGGGAGAAAGAAAUAAAGCGAAGGAAAGAGAUGAAACAGGAAAAAGCGAUGGACCUUGACUAUCGGGCAGAACAGAAUGCAACUGCUGCCGGUGAUUCAGGACCCAGACGGUUUGAAGGAUGGAAGGAUUUCAUCUCGGCAAUGGAACCAUUCCAGCCCAUUCAUAGGAACAAUGAACACCCCAAAUCAUGGUGGAGCACUUCAUCUGCUCAUACAGAACAAAAAGAGUCGUCCUUGGGAAGUGGAAAACUUCGGACAUUGCCUUUGGAGCCUGUUGCAAUUCCUGCAUCUUCUCUUCUUGGUGUGCCACCAAUGGGGUCCUCGUAUUGCUCACCCCGGGAAGGGAAGUGUGCUGUACGUCACGGCCAUCUGCAACAAGAGAGGGAGGACAGACCAGUGCAUGGAGUAGACUUUCGUCAGCAGCAUCGUCAGCAGCAAUCUGAUCUGAUCCGAGGACAUCAACCUUCAGAGCAAGAACAGGAGAGAAGCAGAGUCACCCCUGAAGAUGAAAAGCAAGAGCGUCCCUUGCACUUGAGAGCACCUCCUCCUCUCAUUUCACCACGGCACCCUCUGAGAGAGCACUCCCCUCUUCCAAGACCCUUUCCAUCUGUUCAUGCAGUUCCAUCAGCUCAAGCACUUAACUACAGCACUAACAGCUCCAGGAAUAACUACGAGGUACAGAGGGACCCGGAAAGAGUUCAGAACAUUGAACUGAAAAGUGAAAAUUUGAACAAGACUGCUGGAGAACACUUUAAUCCAGAGCUUCCUAAAACUUGCACUGAGAAAGAUGUGAGCGUAAUCAAGAAAUCUGGACCGGCAAGUCUAAAAUGUGUCACGGUGCCACUCUUAAAGGCUCAGGCUUCCAGCCGUCAGCCUGUAAAAGAUGUUGACAGUGACUUCAAACACCCAAUUGUAGACAGUCGUCGAGAGGAGCUGCAGAGAGAAUGCUUGGAUUUAUCUACCACUUCUGGAGUAGCUGAUCUCAGUCUGAAGAAACGAGAGCACUCUCUGGCACCCACCAGAUCUGUGCCUUGCAGCAGUGAUGCUCCAGUCAUCAGGCUGGGCAUUGAGGAUCCACCACUCGAGAAGCCUGUUGUCAGCAAGUUAGAUCUGGCAGAAAGAAAACUGAAAGAAGCUAGGGUGAAUGGACAGCAUUUUGGUUUGAACUCCUCAGAUGGGGGAGUCUGCAAGGAGGUGAUAAGAAGAAAGAUGCACAGACUUGCCCAGCGAGCUCCUCUAAAGCUAGAUGACACACCUCGGAAACUCCAUUUCCUCGGAGCUGUGGGGCUGACCACUCAGAGCAGGAAAGAAGAGGUCAAACAGCAGAAGCUGAGGAAGAGACGCAGAAUGCUGAGGGAACACAGUCCAUCCCUGCUUCAUUCAGACAACAAGAGACCAGCUCCACUGUGUGUCCUCUCUCUCAGCCAUUCUUCAGGUGAACUGAACAAGGCAGCAGAUUUGGAGGAAAAGAAAGAAUUUCUUGCACUCUUUGACUUAAAGCACUUGAUUCCUUCGCAGACAAAAGCCACAGAAACUGGCUAG